GGGAUAUAAGCGGACUUAUUCUGCUUGGUUGCUUUUUAGAUUUUGGUGACAUCAGACAUUUAAGGUUGAAUCCAAAAUGCGUUAACUAAAGUAGAUUAUUACACUAUGAGCACAGCUGCAUAGCGAUUGAAACGCUGUUUAUAUUAGAAAGAACAAUAUGAAAUAUGCAAGCAUGCGAAUGUUUUGGAAACGUCACAUGAUAAGCAACAUAAUCGGAGUAGUGUUUAUUUGUGUGAUUGUGGGAAUUUACAUCAGUCUGUUACGUUACAAUAAGGCAAGCACAACGAGCUUUAACCUUGUACCAAAAAGUGUCGGCGCCUUUCCGGCAUCAUACCGAUACAAAUAUCAGAAGGGAGGACUGGGACCAAUAUUUCAUUUCUCUAACCAAGGAAAAAAGCCAAUUAAACCAGGAAGGUUGCCAGUCUACAUUGUUGAGGAGCAUCAUGAGGUGCUUCCUGUUUGGUUUGAAGCAGCAAAGAACGGGUACAUACCUCAGCAUGGUAACACCUUGAUCCAUUUAGAUGGUCAUAGUGACAUGGCGCCACCAUUUUUUCUGAGCCGUUACCCAGCAUGGCGUCCGCCCAAAGACAGCAAGGAACUUCAUACUAUGAUGCAGAGAAAUGAUGCAUUUAUUGUGGAAGCUGCAAUGGCUGGGUUGAUCAGGAAGGUCAUCUGGAUUUGGCCGAAGUGGACAGAGCACGAACAUGAGGGUACAGAACAAUCUGGAGAGGUUGAAGUGGGCUGGGCUCAGGUGGACGGCCCACACAGAGACAAGUUCAAGGUCUUCUGUUUGUGCUAUCACAAUAGCACGGAAAAUGGCCGAAGUUGUAUUUACUUACCUUUACAACGGGCAACAGAGUCAGGUGUUUCCAUCAACCCUCACCUUUGUCAUGUCAAAAAGUCAUUUUUCUAUAAAGAAAUCAGAGAAGAUAUUGCUGUUCAGAAAUUGAGCAAAGGUAAAUUAGUGUCUUCCACUGAGUCAGUCUUACUUGAUAUAGAUGAGGAUUAUUAUGGGUGUGCCUAUGCCUCCAAGCCAUUGCUGGAUGCUAAUAUGUCUAUGGACAAUAUUCACAAGUUAGACGGUCUGAUACAGAAACUGUUCUGUCCUCAAGGGGCAAUCAAGGAACAGGAGGCCGACCGGCUACUUGUCAGUGUGCUGGGAAUUCUGAGAAAAGCACCUUCCUGUCCAAACAGUACAAAUACAAAAGCUAGCAAUGUCUUGCUCUCCAAAGGUCCCACUGGUCAGUCACAAAGUCAUGGAGGCAAGUUUAGCUUCAAUAAAAGUAUGCUGGAUGUCGGAAAAUCGGCCAAUAAGAAGAACCCAAAUUCAAACAAUGUGAAGUGUAAGGUGGAUUCUCUUGCUCUUUAUAAAGAAGCUGAAUCAGCUAUUAAGAAAUACUUGUGGCAGGCAAAGAAUUCGGUUGCGUGUGGCAGGAGGACACCACACAGUGAGAAGAUUUUAAAAGAAUUAAUGAAUCACUUCAAGCAGCACAGUCAAAGACAACUCAGAUCUUUACAAUAUGUUGGUUUUUGUUUGACAUCGUCACCCAAAUCUAGUAAGCUUGUAAGUAAAUUCAACUUCCAUGUGUGUCAUGGCGUAAACUACCCUGGGCACUCCGCCGUACAUGUAUACAUACCUGACAUGUCGGAAAUUCACCAGAGAACCAAACUUCUGCAGGACAUAAUGUCAGCUGUGAAAAGUAAGAAAACGUCUAUGGCCACUGUGUGCAGGUCUAUCAGGGAUGGUUACACCCCACGUCGCUACUUUAAUAGGAUAGAAGGGGAUGUGCUAAAAGUGCUGAAUGUGACGUUUGGUAAUAUUCAGCUGCGUUAUGAUUCCGAUCUACUUGGUGGAAGGAAAGGGUGGCCAAGUCGACAUAAAGUGUCCCCAAAAUAAUUCUAGGUUACUCCUGUCUUUAUUCUCGUUUUAAAAAUGUAGAACAGCUGUAUUACUAUGGCAUAAUGUAGAAUAUGUCUGUUCCCUAAAACACUGGUUUUGUGGAUGAUGGAACAACCAGAUAUAGUGGUGGUUUAAUUAUACAAAAAGUCUGAUAUUAUAUGUAUUGACUGACAAUAUGAUAAUUUGUUGUCAUAUUGACAGUUCUAUUAGAGUCUGAUAUUACUGGUUCAUUUAUCAAAAAUUAGAAGUUGAAUUGUCCCUAGUAACUUCAUAAUCAAUCUGAUACUGUGUGGUGCUUAUUUGUCAUAGGCAUUAUAUUUUUGUAAUACUUCAAGGAUCCUUGUCCAACUGCACUCUUUUUUUCCUAGUAUAUUCAGUUACCUCCCUUUAAUAGAUUUGGAUAUGACAAUAGAUUUGGAUAUGACAAUAGAUUUGGAUAUGACUAUAGCACAGUUGAGCCAGAACACUUCCGUUGACCAGGUAGCUCAGUUGGUUAAAGUGACAGUUUAACAAUCUGAGGUCCUGGGUCCCAGUACUGUUCUAGUCCAGCUCAAGUUUUUUACACUCAAAACACUGAUGUUGGUUAUAUUUUGUUUAUUUUUCUUUAUUUUGCUAGCAAUGAUUUCGUUUCAGAAAAUAACAUUUUAAAGCUAUAUACAUACAUAGCCAUGCCAGAAACAGUUUCCAGUAUUUAGUUACAGUUUUUGCAGUGGUACAGGAUCCUUGAGAUCUGAAAAAUCUCUUUAUUACAUUGUAUAUGAUAGAGAUCAGCUAGUUUGAUUUUGAAUAGGGUGGAGUUCUUUGUCAACCUACACAUUUAAAGUAGGAAGGAAAUAAUGAAAAUUUGUCCAUUAGAAAUUAAAGCACUACAGCUUUUAAAUAAAAAUCAUUAACAAACAUUUUUGUGUUUGAUGUCAAGGAUUAUCACUGAUGAACUAUGAUUCAUUGGAGGUUACAUUUGUAAUCACUGAUGAACUAUGAUCAUUGGAGGUUACAUUUGUCAUCACUGAUGAACUAUGAUCAUUGGAGGUUACAUUUGUCAUCACUGAUGAACUAUGAUUCAUUGGAGGUUACAUUUGUCAUCACUGAUGAACCAUGAUUCAUUGGAGGUUACACUUGUAAUCACUGAUGAACUAUGAUCAUUGGAGGUUACAUUUGUAAUCACUGAUGAACUAUGAUUCAUUGGAGGUUACAUUUGUCAUCACUGAUGAACUAUGAUUCAUUGGAGGUUACAUUUGUAAUCACUGAUGAACUAUGAUUCUGCAAAGCUUAACCCUCGGGUAUUGUAAGAAUGGCGCUAAAUUAUAUGAGAAGUGUAAUAUAUAACAUUUUUUUGUAGUCCACAAAGAAAAAGCAGUAUAAAAUAUUUGAUAAUUUUGUUUUAUGUACAACGAAGGCAAAGCUGGUUGAAAACAACAUGAAAAGUUGUGAUUCAAUGUACAUGUUUACCAAAGCAAAUAUUUCUACAUGUUUUAUGAGAUUUUAUAGUUUUGAAUUCGAAAUACUUCUUUCAAUACAUGUUAAAGCUGUUAAUUCUGAUAUAUAUCCCUAUCAGGUAUUGUUUCAUAUUUAUAUAUAAUAUCUUUUUGCAUUUUGUAUCUGUCCCACGUAGAGGUGUAUUUUGUAUUCAUAUAUAUGUGUACAUGUUAAUAUGUCCAUGACAGCAAUUGAUCUAGACUAAGUCUGCAAAUUCCAUUUCAAAAUAUACCAGUCAGGAUCGGCCUGUUUAAUUUGUUGAUUGAAUCUAGGAUAUAAAUAUGAGUUAACAUAUGGAAAUAAUAUGGACAUCAUUUCCAUUUUUGGACAAUUUUUUGUUUUUGUUUUUUGCAAAUAUUUUAUAUCCCCCCGCCAAAUAUUAUAUAUAAUAUAUAUAAUAUAAUAUAAUAUACUGAUAAAAUGUUUGGACAAAUUGAUCCUGAGUCCAAACUUUUCUCUGUUAUAUUGCAAUUGUAGAGGCUUAGUAAUGUAAAAACAUUUAUGGUUUGACUUGUAAUAUAAACCAGACUUAUCAUUUAAAAUGAAAAUUCCUUCAUAUUGUAUGUGUAAAAAUAAUAAUGUAUACAAUUGUGAUGUCGAUUUAGUUGUUCAUAAAACACUACCAUUAAUUAGUGUAACUAUUACACAUACUGGUAUUACUUUUAAAGCUUUAAGAGCUAGAACCUAAAGCUGAUUCUAUCUUGCCCAGUAUAUUCCUACUCUAUACAUCAAAUGCAAGCUGAGGAUUUAUUACGCUUUCUUUUUAUGUAUAUUUUCCAAGAAUCUAUUCUUGUUCAUGUUUACCAAAUUGUAUUGUAAAUAUAUUAAUUCCUAUAGGUGUUUUGAGUCAUUAGCAGUUGCAAUUAUGUAGUUCUUUCGCCCAAAUGUGGUAAAUAGUAAAUAUUAAGAUAAAAUCCUUGUUACUUUCCAUUGUGUUGAUUAUUGGUAAUCACGAUAAUCACGAUCAAUAAAGGAACAUGUUACUGUAACAGGGACCACGAUUACUGGCUGACCCAGCCUCCUGUCUAGUGCAAUGUGUUGAGCAGUGGUGACCACCAUUAAUAGAGGAUUAUAUGUUACUCUAACAUGGACCAUGGAUACUGGCUGACCCAGCCUCCUAUCUAGUGCAAUGUGUUGAGCAGUGCUGAUCUGAUCACUAUUAAUAGGGGAACACAUGUUACUCUUACAGGGACCUAGGUUACUGGCUGACCCAGUCUCCUGUCUAGUGCAUUAUGAGUUCUAGGUCUGUUGUAAUUACUGCCUGUUGUAAUAUACAGGUAUAAGGAAUCAUUAAUUCAGUAAUGGUGAGGAUCUCUAUAUUAUAUGUUAUAGGUACU